AUGGGUGCAGAAAAAUUUGUUUAUAGCUGGAAAAGAAUUGGUGAUUUGUUAGCGGGUUGGAGUCACGGUCUGGAAGUUGAAAUGCCAGGAGUGUUAUCCGAAUUAGCGCAAUGGUUAUAUACGGCCGAACAAAUUAUUGACAGUUCAGUUGAUUUGCGGGUCGAUGAUGCGCAGCAGUCACUAGCUAAUAUCACAGAAUCGAUAAGCCACCACAAGGUUCGUAGCAGUUUGGCUGUUUGCAUUCGAAGAGAAAAGUCUGUCAUUUCAGUUAACUCGGAGAGGAAUUUCAGCAAUUCGCAGUGA